GGGGAAUUACGAUUGUACUAUUAGCAAGGUUUUCGUCGUCAAAAUUAAUAAUGUAAACGAUUUAUUGGACAUAUGUUUAUAUUGUGUUUUCCUAUUAUUCUAUGUGCUUGAAAUGUUAUUUCAAAGCUUAUAAAUCGAAAGCAGUGUAACGGUGGCACCCCCGCAUUAGUGGUGUGGCACAUCCGGGGUUGUGACGUACUUUCGGUUCUGAGGUUAUCUCCGCAUGUUUGCAUGCACGUUUGACAUUGCGGGUCUUUCGGCACCUAAGAGAACUACCAUGGCGUCCUCCUCUCUACAACGAUGUCUGAGACACACACUUGUUCUUCCCCUCACGAACUGCACACAAGUUCGGCAUUGCUGCACAGUCCCAAGGCGAGCCAUGAAGAUUGUGCAUGGCGUUGAAUGCGCCACUGGGACUGGAACAAAACCUCUGUCGAGACACGUUUUGAAACAACACACGCACUCUUUCAGUGAUUUGUCCGCCAGACAUAAAGAAGACAGUGACAGUUUGUCAAGAAGUGAUGUGUCACACAGGAGCCAAUUAAUCCAAAUGAAGGAUGCUGGUGCACUGAAUGAAAGCCCCACUUCAUUAGAUCUGAAUGCUGCAAGUGGAUUGUAUGCGUUGGAGGAGGUCAGCGAUGAAGAGGCUAUCAGCAUAACACUUCCUCCUCCUAUUCCAGCUCUCUCCACCUCGCUUAGAGACUACGUAGACAACUCUGAGAUGCUUGGCAAGCUAGUGCAGCUUGGGGUGAACCUGUGGAAGCUGGAUCAAAGGCGCAAUGUCGGCUCCAUGCUGCUCAGGCUGGACUUCAACACAGAUGUGGCACCGAGGCUGUUCUUCCUCAAGGAGAUUGGCGUGGACGACUCUCGCCUGGGCUACAUCAUCACGUGCAACCCCUUCAUUCUCACAGAGACUGUGGAAAACCUCCAAACCAGGGUCAACUACCUUAAGUCAAAAAAGUUCACUGCCGAAGCUGUAGCAUCCAUGGUAUCCAGAGCUCCUUAUCUUCUCAACUUCAGCGUGAAGAGGCUGGACAAUCGUCUGGGCUUCUAUCAGCAGCAGCUGAGUCUCAAUGCUUCUAACACUCGUAGCAUUGUAGCUCGUCUUCCGCGGUUGCUCUGUGGCAGUUUGGAGCCCGUUAAAGAAAACCUGAAGGUGUGUGAAAUUGAGCUUGGCUUCAAGGCAAACGAGAUCCAACACAUGGUCUUGGCCGUUCCCAAACUUCUGACCGCCAACAAGAGGAAGCUAACUCAAAUAUUCGAUUUCCUCCACAACACCAUGAAGGUGCCGCACCACCUGAUCACCAAGUUCCCACAGGUCCUCAAUUCCAAGUUCUUGCGAAUACGAGAGCGACACCUGUUCCUGCAGUACCUGGGAAAAGCUCAGUACGACCCCGCUCAACCCAACUAUGUUUCUCUCGACCGCUUGGUGUCACUAUCCGAUGAGACUUUUUGCACCCAUGUGGCUUUGGCCACAUGGGAAGAUUUUGGUUUGUUCCAGAAGACACUUUAAGGCUUGAUGGAGAAGCAGGUGCACCUCAAAACACAAUAAAUAUCCUGACUAAUUCACACCUGGAAUCAUCCACAAAUACACAAAUGCACUGAUGAGCAACUAUAAAAACAUAGUUUCACAUUUGCAGUUAUGGAGUGUAUUUUCUCAAAUAGUAUCUUUUCUAUACUUAAAUAAAUAUGA